CGAUGUGGCGCUCUGAGAGUGGGGUCGAGCCGGCUGCUACCAGCCCUUCGCCGUUCUGGGAGAUCCUCGCCUUGCUGGGGCGAGAACCCGGCAUGGAGUGGCUGCUGCGUAGUCCAAAUGGCUGCACUGGGUGGCUGGGUUCAAGCGGACAGGAGCCUGGUGGCGGGGACGGAGUGGAUGAGCUCAGCCAUGUUUCUGAGAAGCAUCCCUUAGGUCCUUGGCCCCUGAAGACUCUUAUGUUACUGGAGGGCUCAAGAAGUAACCAGCAAUGGCAGCUCUACUGUGAGGGCCUGAAGAAUUUUCUUGCCUUUAGAGAAUACAUGGCACUGCGUGCAGUUUGGCCAGUUCCAGUGAGUCAAGUGAAAGGCUUCUUGGCCAUCAUGGAGUGCCAGGAUCUGCCUCCCACAAAAAUAAUAAUGUACAUGGAAGGACUAUCUUUCAUCUCCAAAAUGGUAGAUCAUCCUGAUCCUCUUCAAGACCCUGCUGUCUGUCACAUGAUAUCAAGAUUGAAAUGUAAGACUGCUCUUUCAAAAGAUAAAUACUCUCCUGUAACAAUUGAAGUGUUAAGAUCUCUCCUGGGAACUCUGGAGUCUGUGUGUAGCUCUCCUUACGAGUGUAUAUUGUUCCGUGCCUUAUUUACUGUGGCUUUCUGGGGGGCACUACGCACAGAAGAAAUAGUGGCAAAUCACAAAAAUGUAGUGCAGCCAAAGCUCUUGUACUUGAGUGAUCUCCAGCUGACUGGCUGGAGUGCAAACCUUUGCUUGCAUACAUCUCAAAUAGGUCAAGAAAGGUCUUUGGUCCAACUGGCACUUUCUAGUGAGAUGUGGGUAUGUCCUAUUAAAGCUCUCCGUGUCUAUGUGGCAGCACGGCCACGGGGAGAGGGUCUUCUCUUUGUGCAUUUGGAUAGUAGACCUGUCACAAAGAGGGAGUUCCUAACAGUCUUCCGACGUGCUCUUGGACUUGCUGGACAUCCUCCAACUCAUUAUGGUGUGCAUUCCUUCUGGCUGGGGGCUCUUGUAACAGCGUGGUCUUCAUGGGUAUUCUGAUGAAGCCAUUGACAGAAUCGCAAGGUGGAGAUGAAUUAGUUGGAAGAGGACAUAAUUACAGCUUUCCGUUGGACAUCUGUGGUAAUGGAUAUUUUCUGCAAUGCAGAGAUGUUUUCUACUGAAUAUAGUUUCGGUAUCCUGCUAAGUUGUAGAAAAGGAGUAACUACUACUUUUCUCACCCAAGAUGGCUUUGAGACUGUCUUGGUUUUAAAACUUUUGUGAC